AUGGAGCUGAGCCUGACCUCCCCACCUCCCUCAUCUCCUGUGACAGACAGUGAAGGAGAUGAUUCCUGUGGGAUCAAUGUCACCGAUGCGGCCAUAGACGGUGUCACACUGUUCAUCUGCCUCUGUGGGCUGGUUGGGAAUGGGGCUGUCCUCUGGCUCCUUGGAUUCCACAUCCGCAGGAACCCCAUCACCGUCUACGUCCUCAACCUGGCUGUGGCCGACUUCACCUUCCUCCUCCUCAUAGUCCCCUCCUCCGUGCUCUGCCUGAUGUAUGAAGCAUCCUGCUCCACUGUCCUGUCCCUGAAGCACCUGAAGUCCCUUGUCCUGCUGUCCCAGUUCUCCUACAACAUGGGGCUGUUCCUGCUGACAGCCAUCAGCAUCGAGAGGUGCAGCUCGAUUCUCUUCCCCCUCUGGUACCGCUGCCGCCGUCCCCAGCGCCUGUCCUGGGUGGUGUGUGCCCUGCUCUGGGCACUCUCCAUCGCUGUCAUGGUGGUGGUGACCUCCCUGUGCCUGUCACAGGACCAUGAGCACUGCCAGGUGGCUCUCAUCUCCAUGUAUGCCCUCAACUUUCUCAUCUUUGCUCCACCCAUGGUAAUCUCCAAUGUGAUCCUCUUCAUCAAGGUCCUGUGUGGCUCCAAGAGACGUCAGCCUAAGAGGCUCUACAUCGUUAUCUUCCUCACUGUGCUCUUCUUCCUCAUCUUUGGACUGCCCCUCAGCCUCCGCAAUUUCCUGCGGCAGCUUGAUUACAUAGUUGAGUACUCCCACGUGGUUUUCCUGCUUGCCUGCAUCAACAGCAGCAUCAACCCCUUCAUCUACUUCUUGGUGGGGAGUGGCUGGAGGCACUGCUCUGUCACAUCCCUCCAGGUCGCCUUCCGGAGGGUCUUUGAGGAGACAGGGAUCACCACAGUCUCCAGCUGAGAGGUCACUGUGGUCCCUCUGGCUGUGCUGCCCAUGCUGCCUUCAUGCUCAGCUGCCCAUCAUUGCUCCCAGCCAGGCCUGCAGAUCAUCCUCCUGCAGCUGUGAGUCAGGAUGCAUCCCAUAG